AUGCGGCCGUGGCAGGUUUGCGUGUGGCUCCUCCCCGCAGCCUUGGGCAUCUCCCUGCGUGGCAACAGUUCACAACAAGAUGCCAGAGAUCCCAGGGUCUACUUCCUCUUCUUAGCUACGGACAAGAUCUCCAACCUGGAUGUUUGGACUGCCUUCUUUGACUCAGCGGAUUCAGACAAGUACCGAGCCUUCGUUCAUUGCAAGGAGAAGUCGUGCGUGCAGCAGAUGGCAGGAUCGCCGAUCAUACCUGUGCCAACGGUGGCGAGCUACUACUGCACGGACCUGGUCUCCCCAAUGAACCAGCUCUUGAGCUAUGCGCUGAGCACGGACCUGGGCCCCGUGAAUGCCAGGGACAAGUUCGCUUUCAUCUCGGACUCCGCCCUCCCAGCGAAGCCCUUCGCAGAGGUCCACCGAAUCCUCGGCGAGCGAGAUGGCUCGGACUUUUGCGUCUUCCCACCAGGGGAAUGGGCUGACAUGCCCAGUGAUGGUGACCUCGAGGUCGCAGUGAAGGUGCACCAGUGGGUCACUCUGUCUCGGGACCACGCCGAGCAUGCUUCAGCCAUGUGGCAGAGGGGCGUGAUGCACAAUUUCAUGUCCUACUUCAAGAUGAACCAGCUGGGGUGGAACAACGUGUUGGACAACAACUUCGCGGACAACAGAAACUGGGGCUGCCUGGAUGAGUUCUGGUACCUCACUGCUUUGUAUGGCACCUUGAAGAAGGUCCGCAGAGACGGAGACCAGUCCAUCGAGCUGCCAGGGUUCACUGGCUCGCCUCUCCGCAUUGACAAGAAUGCAGGCUGGCAAGGCAAGUGUGACACCUUCGUCAUAUGGGCGAAGUACAUGCACAGCUUGGGGCGCAACGAGCAGCAAAACUUGAUGCUGUCCCUGGACCCGCCUUCGGUGCCGCAUGGCGGAAACUGGGCUCGGCCUGGAUGGUGGGAUACCAUCUCUACCAAAGGCAUUCACGCCAUCCGCAAUUCGGACUUCCUCUUCGUCAGGAAGUUCAUCGAUAAGCCGACGCUCCACGACGGCGACAACUUUGCUGCAGCGUAUUCCAAGAUUGUGGUGCAGGAUAUUCCGCCAUCCUCCCUCGCCUGA